AUGGCUGAUAUCAAAGCGAGCGAGAAUGUCGUUGCACAAGGAGGCACACCAGGUUCCGUCGAUGCUUCUAUCGCUCAGCCAUCCGUGGGCGAAGCAACCGCUCAGCCUGCAGGUAUUUCUGAUUUCCACACUCUGUUGAAGCGGUAUAGACUUACCAGCUUUGCAGACGGCGUGACCACCAGCGAGCCCGCCAAGUUGGAGACCAAGACAGAGGCCAACAAGAUCACCAAGCCAGCAGCAAAGACCGGCGACCAAAAGAAAGGCACGGCUAGCAACCUGCUCAACGAGCUCAUGUUCUGGAAGAAGGACAAGAAGGCUCAGGCCUAG